AAAAAAAAAAAAAAAAGCCGAGAGCUUCGGCAGAAUCAGCCUGCUUCACCCAAAUAUAUCGGUAACGUACAUAAAAAAAUGCCGUCCCUCGACAAUGAUGGCUUUCGCAUACCGCUUGCGAAGAGACAGAAAAUAGCGAAUGAUACGGAGAUUCGAAAUCAUCCGCAAGUACCUGGGUCAAGGAUUUUUUCUCCAUUUCGCACACUCGGACUGGUCUCACCUACAGCGGUCCCAUUUACCUGCGUUCGGUUGGGAAAAUCUACAUUCCAAAUAACAACAUCUGUUGGCCGUUGCCUACAAACGUACGAUCUUCGCCGUGGGCUUAACCUCGUUUUUAUCAGUCGACCCCAAACCCCGGAAACUAUUACUGCUACCUUCGCUUGGCAGGAUAAAAUUUUUGCAGCAUGGGGAAACCUGCAGACAGGGGCGUCUGGAGGUGUCUGGGUCUUCAAGCGUGGGAAAAAAGUGGCGUCUCUCGUACUGCCUGCUGACUUCACUGAACCUAUCGAUCGUGUGCUUGUUUUUGGUUCAUGGAUUGUGGGCUGCAGUGGCAAGUCUAUUUGUGUGUGGAAAAAUGGAUCUUAUGAAUACUACACAUCUCUCAGCCCUAUACGCCCUGGGGACUCUUCCGAGGACAAAAUAUACACGGGUCAUAUUUGUAACAUGCCAACCUACCUGAACAAAAUAUUUGUUGGAAAAUAUGAUGGCAGCGUUGAAAUAUGGAAUGUGAAAACAGGAAAACUGAUUCACUCCAUUCAGCCAGCGUUUCCAGGAUCAGGUCCGGUAACUGUUCUUCAGCCAAGUCCUGUGCUGUCUGUUAUUGCUAUCGCCUACAGGAAUGGGGCCAUAGCUAUCCAGAACGUGGAGACUGGCCAGAUACUUUUUUCUUCUUCACCGAAUUCAUCACAAAGGCAGACCAUCACAUCGCUCACUUUCCGAACGGAUGGCCUUGGCGCCGGGGAAGAUGGCCAUUGUGCUGGUGUUAUGGCAACAGCGUGUAUGGGUAGCGGUGACAUUACGAUGUGGGAUUUGAACGGGACCGGUCGCAUUAUUGGCGUCCUUCGAGGGGCUCAUAAAUUAUCACAAGUUGAUUUAGGUCUGGGCGUAAAUCACAUCGAAUUCCUGGACGGGCAGCCCGUUAUUGUAUCGUCUGGAAGGGACAACUCUCUCCGAACAUGGAUAUUUGACCAGACACCUUUUUCGCCUAUCCCUCGACCACUUCACUCAAGGCGGGGUCAUUCAGCUGCGUUAACUAAAGUGUCGUUCCUCCCGUCCUCAUCUGAUGGCUCCGAGUCCAAUGGGAAAUGGUUACUUAGCGCCAGCAAAGACUGCAGUCUUUGGGGGUUCAGCGCACGGAAGGAUAGUCAAAGCACGGAGCUAUCCCAAGGCUCUGUGGAGCGCAAAGCGGCAAAGAAGGGGGAGCCGCAAUUAGCCGUUGGGAAUAGCAUUUCUAUCGGCCAGGCAAAUUUUAAAGCACCCGAGGUCACCUGUAUCGCAUGCUCACUCAAUCGUGAUGGCGGAAUGGGGGUUACCACGUCAGGACCAGUCUGGGCGAACCCUAAAGCGACUGACACGGGCAUUUCUAACAAAACAGGAUGGGAGAGUGUAGUCACUGGUCACCGCGGAGACAAGUAUGCUCGGACUUGGUUUUGGGGUAAAAAAAAGGCUGGACGUUGGGUAUUUGAAACCGGCGAUGGCACCGAGGUUAAGAGUGUUGCCAUCUCGCAAUGUGGAACCUUCGCUUUAGUUGGAUCAGCCGGAGGUAGCAUUAACAUGUUCAACAUGCAAUCGGGUUUACAAAGACAGAGCUUCCCUUCCCAAAAGUUGAAGCGUACCACGGCAAGUGAUAAUAAGGGUCUGACACAACAAAUCAAUAGUUUGGCGGAACAUACGAAGGCAGUAACUGGUUUGGCAAUCGACGUGUUGAACCAGACAGUUGUGAGUUGUGGGCUCGAUGGAAAAGUCAAGUUUUGGGAUUUCGCAUCUGGGUUCCUAGUUGAUGAGCUUGACUGGCACCCAAUGACGGCCAUUACCGGGCUUCGCUAUAAUAGCGCGAGCGAACUUGUCGCAUUUAGCUGUGACGAUCUCUCCAUACGAGUUGUCGAUAUGGAAACGAGGAAAAUUGUGCGUGAGCUAUGGGGCUGCGUAGGGCAAAUCAACGAUUUCGCCUUUUCUAAUGAUGGCCGGUGGAUAAUUGGAGCUUCCAUGGACUCUAUUAUUAGAGUUUGGGAUCUACCAACCGGUCAUCUCAUUGACAUUUUCCGUGUGUCUAGUACAUGCACCGCCCUAGCGAUGUCGAAUACCGGGGAUUUUCUGGCUACCGCUCACGCAGAUGGGGUGGGAGUUAACCUCUGGUCAAAUAGGUCUCUAUUUGUGCCCGUAUCUACUCGAAAUCUCACUGAAGAUAGUCUCGUUGACGCUUCUCUUCCAACUACCUCUGGAGAAGGUGGUGUAGGAUUCAUUGAAGCUGCAUUUUCGCACACCCAUGAGGAACAUGACGAUGAUGGUCCGGUGCCAUCCACCGAGCAACUUAGUCAAGGAAUGCUGACACUCAGUGUGGUCCCGAAGAAUAAGUGGCAGACUCUGCUCCACUUAGAUUUGAUAAAGGGACGAAACAUGCCUAAAGAACCCCCCAAGGCCCCCCCAAAAGCACCGUUCUUCCUUCCAGCGCCCUCUACGCAAGUCGCAUCUAGGGAUGAUGCAAACCUAAAUAUUACAGAAGGAAGAACGGCUCUGGAUGCUUCUCGCAUUACUAGAACGAAUGUAAGCAGCGGCGCAGGGCUCUCGGAAUCUAGGUUUACGAUGCUUCUCAAGGCAGGCUGUUCAUCUGGAAAUUUCGACCCCUUUAUCAGCGAGUUGAAGCUUAUGGCUCCAGCAAAACUGGAGCUUGAAAUCAGAUCCUUGGAUCCCAAAGUGUGCGAAGGUCAUUCUGAAUUAUCGUCUUUUGUCCUGGCAUUGUCUAAUCGCCUCGCAUCGAAGAGGGAUUUUGAGCUUGUCAACGCCUGGAUGGCAGUGUUUUUAAGAAUUCACUCUGACAUUGUCGCGCUAUGCUCCGAGUCAGAUGCAGAAGAUAGACUAAGGGAAGCUCUUGCCGUCUGGAGUCGGGUACAGCGAGCAGAAAUACAGCGCUUGUCUAGUCUAGUAGGAUACUGCCGAGGGGUUGCUGGAUUCCUAAGAUCCUCUCGAUGAUAGAAGUUGAUUAGUUCCAAAUACCCACAGGAGUCCAUGCAAAAACGUUAUGCUCUCUCCAGCCCCCUUGAUAUAAUAAAUGUGUCGUUCCAGAAAUUUGAAAUCAAUUUAUUGUUCCUGAAGGA